ACAUUUACCUCUGGUCACGUGACCAUUUACGAAAGCGCGGCGGCCAUAACAAACCUCCGAUGCCAGAGGAGAGAAUAUAAGAUUUGAAAUAAGCAGGGUUUGUUUCACCUUAUAGCUCCAAAAUUUCGGCACCCACACGGUUAGGAGUUUGACUGGAAUGACUAUAGAAUCCAGCAUGUCGUUCGAUCCGGCUCACGCUAGACUUCGUAAACGAGCUGCUAAACAGCUGAAACAGACUACUGCAGAGCAACUUGAACAAGAGACUAAGAAAAUGGAGGAGCGUAUACGAGCCCUUAAGGAACAGAUGGUGAAGGAGAAGGAAGACAGAGAAAAAAUUGGUGGUACACGGUGGUCAUCAGGAAAAACAAUAAACCCUCAAUCAGCAGCAAAUAAAAAGUCUGAAAGAAAAACAGAUAAGGGGCCAAGAAAAAUAAAAAUUCUCACUGAUGAACCAUUGUCAACAUAUACAUCAAAGAAGACAGCACUGCGAGAAAGUAUUAAUGAGACAUUCACUGGCCCUGUUUGCGGUCAGUGUGAAAAAGCCAAGGCCACACUGGCCUGCAAUGAAUGCACAGAAAGCUAUUGUGUCAGCUGUUUUAUGUCGUUCCAUAGAAAGGGAGCUCUACGAGCACACACCACUCGAAACUUGGACCAGUUUAACCAAGGGUUUCAUGAGGAAAAACAAACCAGCAGAGCUCCAAAGCCUGAAGAGAGGAGCCGAGUGAAGUUGUCUCAUGGAAGCACUUCCCAGCAGAAUAGCUCUCUUGAGCAGAAGACUGGUGGUGCGCUACUAAAUGGAACAUUUGACGAAGAUGAGAGCUCAGCUUCCUUUGCUCAAGCCCUCAAGGAGUGGAGAAGUGCGCAAGGCAAAGACAACACGUGGGUGAACCCUGAAGACUCCCAGCCAGCAAAAGUUAAAGUGGCUACAUGUGAAACAAGUACUGUACCAGAGAAGCUGACGCCGAUCGACAUGAAACUGAACUUCAGCAGCAACUCAUCGCUGAGCUACCUUGACCGGCUUGUCCUAAAGAAGCAUCGUGAAGAAGGACGCACUGCGUCAAGCCCUAAAAGCGAGGUGAAUACCAAGAAAAACUCCCCAGUAAGUGAGGAGCUUCAAAAUGAGACAGACCAGGGAUAUGGGAUUAACUACAGGGAGAUUUUCCAGAGUCUUGGAGCGCAGACAACGAGAGACAAGGCUUCUUUGAAUGGCUACGAACGUUUUACUAGCCCUUCCAAAGGCGCCUUUAUCAUUGAAGAAGUACCGGACAAUAUCCCUGCGGAGGAAGCUUUGUGUAUUGUCGACGAGGGACGGAACGAAGAGGCUGCACCCCAGAGGCCAACCUCGAGAACUGGGUGUGUCAGCAUAAUGGGGAUGACCGCCUCAGGGGACUUCAGACCAGAUGCUGAUGAUCUACAUGCGGGCCCACCCCAACCGCAAGUAAGCACUGGCUCAAAGAGCUCUCUUGGAGGUUCCAAACCAAGUGGUAAAUAUUUACCAUCAAGAAGUCAGUCCGCAAGCGCUGUACCGCGUGUCUGGAGCCCUAAACCGGGCUACAAAGGAUUGUCAAAUUUCUUCCUAGUCGGGGUCGAUGCUGAAUCUGCGAGCGAAAAUCCACGAUCUGAGCCCCGCUAUAAGCCUUCCCCACCCAAGAACCCCCGCACCCCAUCUCCACCCAAGAGAAUCAGCCCAAAGUUACUUGCGCAGGGCGUGUGGAAGCCCGAUGAGAGCGUCUACGCUUCCGAGGAAAUCUCCCCAAUGGCUGAUAACGAUCGUGGCAAGUAUCCUGGCGGUGGGCCUGUCAUUCCACUCGUACAAGAACCAGCAGACGCGCAAGACGCGGCGAACAACAACUCCCCGAGGAAUCGCAAGCUAAAGAUCAAGAAAAGGCUAAGCGACGGUGACAGUCGCUUGAAGGACUUUGGGAUAAACGACUUCCUGAAGGCGUCCCCUGUACCGUCCAAGUUCUCGGAGGACUACUACGACGUCCACAGGGUGUCAACAGUCUCGCCUCUCUCGCUGUCGCCCAAACCACCACAGUUACACUGGUCCGACGACGACAGCGACGAUGACGUCAUACUGGAAGUGACGUCACGGGCGAGUAUGCUGGAAGUGGCAAAGGCCGAAGAGGACGGGCUGAGACAGGAUCAGGAGGAUGACGAUAAGGCCACCCUGGAGGACCUAACGUGGGAGCUCGCUUCCACCACAGGCCGCCUGACGCACUGCGAGGGCGACCUUGACGAGAUGCUAGAGCCUGGGGAUAGCUCUGAGGUGGACAGCAUCGAGGAGGACCCUGACACUGGGAGCACAUGUUCGCUGAACGAUAGCCAGCACGAGCUCUCGAUCCACAGCAGUGACUCAAUGGACGAGGAGGAGAUCAUGAUCGAGAGUAGAAUGAUGGAGCGGGAGGUGAAGGCUCUAGAGUAGCACGUGGACAGUUUGAUGUGAUCACGUGCCCCACUCGUGAAAGACAUGACAAUCUAGAGCAGUGACUGCUGGGCGAUAUAGAAAUGACUAUUAAAAGCGGGAUGAUGGAGUGAAAAGCACGUGGACAGUUACUUGUGAUCAUGUGCUCGGCUUGUGACAAUCAUGUCACGAUAAAGAUGCUAUGUUUAAAAGCGGGAAGAUGGAGUGAAGGCUCAAUAAUAGCACGUGGACGUUUUGAUGUGAUCACGUCUUGAGUCUUAAGUGAUCACGUGCUCAGUGCGUGAUAAGGGCAAUGCAGCGAUAAGCGAAGGCUCCAUUCUAAAUACAGUGAAAAGAAAAGCCAAUGAAAUCACGUCGUUGAACUGUCUGCCUCUUUAUUGGUCAGACACAUUCAUUGUUCUGCAAAUUUAACCAGCAUAGUUUACGGCUAAAAUAUAUAUAUUUAAUUUAAAAAAAAAAAAUAACGCAUUGUGUUGUUAUUACUUUUUCAAAUAAAAUCAACGAGUUAGUUUA